AUGCCCUACCGUAAUGCGUGCCUCUGCCCCGUGCUCAGGCCAGGCACCCACGCGUGCGCGCCAUUCCGUCUGGAGGGCGAGCGGGCGGCGCAGGGCGGGAGUCCCCUGUAUGUGCCGCAGCCGUUCCUGGGGGACUUCAUCGUGUCACGGAAUGGGCUGGACGAGCUCACCCCGCCCUCUCAAGCCAACGAUACUACUGCCAUGCCUCUCCUCAGCAACACAGUGAGCACUCUAGCAGACGCGCCUCAGCGUCUCAUACAGCAGCCGCAGCAGCAGCAACAGCAGCAGCAGGAGCAAGAGCAGGGGGGGCGCGUGGUGAGAGGAGGGCAGCAGGGCGGGGAGGUGCGGAGGGCGGUGAUAGAGGGGCCGGGGAUGAAGGCGGUGUGGAAGGCCAUUAAGCCGCCCAAGACCAAGGGGCUGCGCACUAAAGGCCUCUUCCCCACGGCGGACAGUGUGCGGGGGCGGGUGUUCCAGAGCUGUGCGGUGGUGGGCGAGUCAGCAGCGCUGCUGGCUUUGCCCUGUGGGGCGCACAUCGACCGCCAUGAAGCCAUUUUCCGCGUUGGCGCUGCUGCUGCCCGCCCCUGGAGCGGCUUCGUGGGGUCACGGACGAGCAUCAGGGUGGUGCGGCCAGAGGAGCAGGAGGGCGCGCGCGAGGUGAAGCGCGAGAUGGUGCUGGUGGCGGUGCAGUCAGAGAGGGGCAUGCGCCAGUACCUCUCCUACCGCCGCCGCAACACGACAAGCAAGCACGAGCGGCACCACUGCCUGUCGCCCGCCUUCCUCACAUACGUGCGCGCUCAGGCCCACCACUUGGACCGCCUCAUGGGUCACAGCAAUGCCGCUGCUGCUGCCGCCGCUGCUGCAGGGGGAGGGGGAGGGGGAAAGAGGGGCAGAGAUGAGACGGGCAGGGUGGAAGGCAGCAGUGCAGGGGGGAUGGGGGGAGGGGGAGGAGGAGGAGGUGGGGGGGAGAAGGAGGAGGAUGGGCUACCAGAGGUGUCGGAGGGGUUUACGGCUCUGAUGCUGGCGCUCAACACGUGCAGACGGGUGACUCUGUACGGGUGGCCGUUGAGCGAGCAGCAGACGGCAGCGCAGCGGGGGGGCGACACGCUGCUGCUGCCGCAGUCGUACGCCACGCGCUGCCUGGUCACGGACCACCACGCGCCCCAGGACCGCCGCCGCCUGCUCGCCCUGCUGCACACCGGUGUCGCCACUCUCGGCAUGCCCUGCGCCCUCGAGUGUCUGCAGGGUCUCCCCUCCUGCCCACAGUGCAUCGGUGAUAACCUCAGCACCUCUCAUGUUGCAGACGGGUUGCAGCGUUGGCGCAUGCUACCCCUGCCACCCACCGGCUGUUCCUCCUCCCUCUCCUCCUCCUCCUCCUCCUCCUCCGCCUCCUCCUCACUUUCCAGUCAACAAGUCUCACAGCAGCGGCCCAUCAACUCCCAGUCCGUAGCAGCACAUACCCGUGCACCCCCCACCACAUCCAUACAGCACCCCAACAGCGCGGGCAGUCCUGCAGAAGGGUCUGCUACUGAUGGUGGUGAUUCUGACUCGCCACUUGACCGGCCAACCACAACGGAGGUUGGAGUAGCAGCCAUGCAGCUGCCCUCGUGGAUGGACACAGGGUUACCCCAUGACGUAUCAUAG